CCUUGUGGUUUUCUAUUUAACUUCUAUAUUUUCCUUCUGGGGCAGAGCAUGUGUUGUUCUCAGAGCAAAGACAGUUGCUUACAAGAUGCAGAGCAAAACUACUGUACAGCUGGGAAGCAGAAGGAUUUUGGAGUUUCUUUUUAAAAUUUUAUACAGCAGAACUCAGUGGGACACUUGGGAGUCUGAGGUCUUAAAGAUAAAUAUGAAUUUAGAUUCCAUUCAUCGAUUGAUUGAGGAAACGCAGAUCUUCCAGAUGCAGCAGUCAUCAAUUAAGUCACACUGUGACAUGGUGGCACCUGUCUCACCCACCAGGGAUACCUAUAAUACCCGCUUCCCAUUUUAUGGGCUGCAAUCUCACACUGCUCACAAUUUAUGUGCACAUUCAUGUAACACCAAUGAAUGGGAUAUUUGUGAGGAACUUCGCCUCCGGGAACUUGAAGAAGUCAAGGCCAGAGCUGCUCAGAUGGAAAAGACCAUGCGGUGGUGGUCGGACUGCACUGCCAACUGGAGAGAAAAAUGGAGUAAAGUUCGAGCGGAAAGGAACAGUGCCAGGGAGGAAGGAAGACAACUCAGACUAAAACUAGAGAUGGCAAUGAAAGAAUUGAGUACACUGAAAAAGAAACAGAGUCUGCCACCUCAGAAGGAGGCAUUAGAAGCUAAAAUCACCCAGGAUCUGAAGCUUCCUAGUUUCGUAGAAGAAUCCUGUGAACAUAGAGAACAAUUUCAAUUUGGUUUUCAAACGUGUGAGUCUAUCAGAGAGUGUUUAGUAAAAAGACAAUUUUCUACAAAGGAGGAAACAAAUAAUAAGGAAGAAGGAGUGGUUAUUGAUUCUUUAAAAUUAAAUGAGGAGAUGAAACCUAAUCUAGAUUGUGUUGAUUUCUUCAAGAAUGGUGGCUCUGGAAAUGGUGAAAUGAAACCUGGGCUGAAACUGAAAGCGAUAAACCUGCCUUUGGAAAAUGAAAUAACUGAAAUUUCAGCUUCGCAGAUGCAUUUGGAUGAGUUCCAAAAACUCUUAUGGAAGGAAAGAGAAAUGCGCACAGCUUUGGAAAAAGAAAUAGAGAGACUAGAGUCGGCUUUGUCUCUGUGGAAAUGGAAGUACGAAGAACUGAAAGAAUCAAAGCCCAAAAACGUGAAAAAGUUUGACAUUCUUCUUGGUCAACAUAAUGAUGAAAUGGAGGAGCUAUCAGGCAAUAUGAAGGAAGAAUCUAAAUCUCAAAACAGCAAAGAUAGAGUGAUUUGUGAGCUAAGAGCAGAGCUAGAGAGAUUGCAGGCUGAAAAUACCUUGGAGUGGGACAAGAGGGAAAUACUUGAAACAGAAAAGCAGGGACUGGAGAGAGAAAAUAGAAGACUGAAGAUCCAGGUGAAAGAAAUGGAAGAGCUCUUGGAUAAGAAAAAUAGAUUAAGUGCAAACUCUCAAGGUCCUGAUUUCAAGAUGUCACAAAUUGAUCUGCAAGAAAAAAACCAGGAACUGUUGAAACUUCAACAUGCCUACUAUAAACUAAGCAGACAAUACCAGGCAAAGAUUGCAGAACUGACUCAUGCAAACAACCGAGUGGAUCAAAACGAGGCAGAAGUAAAGAAACUGAGAUUACGAGUGGAAGAACUAAAGCAAGGACUCAACCAAAAAGAAGAUGAGCUUGAUGAUUCCCUGAAUCAGAUUCGUAAGCUCCAGAGGUCUCUGGAUGAACAGAAAGAAAGAAAUGAAAGUUUACAGACUGAACUCAGGCACUUACAAAACUGAUGAUACUUCGGCUACAUGACUGAACCUUCGAAGUUUAAAAGUGGAAUAGAAAACAUAAAGACUGCAUUUUCUGAUUGUCACCCUGGCUCUGUUAUUCUCUGUUCUAUGGCAUUGCUAGCCUCCCAGCUUAACUAUUUGUAGAUUAUGAGUGUCAAGUAAUAUUGCUCUUCUAUGCAAAUAUUUUCCUAAUUUUAGAUAACCUAAGCAUUUCAAGUUAUAAUCAAUUAUUGGGAGUUUUUCUAUCGUAUGUUUAAUGAUUUAUAUUGUUGUCUCAAUAAUUAGCUUUAUUGUUAUGAUUUUAUCAUUUCUAGCCUAUAUUAUGUAGGGUACCAUGGUUCUUUCAUUUUUAAAUUAUUAUAGCCUCUUUAUCAGAUUGGAAAUGCAAAUAUCCUAUACAAUGUCAUAUGACAUAUCAUGUUUAUACAAGAUUUGAAUAAUUUUAAACCUGUUUAUACUUUGCUUUAUAAGAAGAAUACACUUGAAUGUGUUUGGUUGCAUAUAUGCAUAACGUUUAACCAAUGUGUAACUGUGGCUUUCAUUCCUCUACCUUCCUAUUUGAUAGCAGGAUACUGAACUCAGCCAACACAGAGCUGAUUCUGGAAGUUAUGUCCAUCUGCACUGCCAAAUAUGAACAUAAAGCUCAUCAUAUGCUUAUAAAAUUAUCCUAUUAAGAAUCAUAAAAUAUUUAUACAGGAAGGCCUAAAAAAUGAGUUGCAUGCUAAGAAUUAAGCCUGGUAACCAAGUAAUCUUUGCUAUGCAUUUGAUCCCUGCAAUAGGUAAGAGGUGCGCCUGUAGCAAGAUAUCUCAACAUGUAACAAUGCCACUUGGUAGCAGACGUUUAAAGAUAGCCAGCCUUAGUUAACUUCUUUCAUAUGCUGUCCACUGCACUUGGUAAGUUUCAUGGGGUGGUGUUAUUAUCACUAUUAUGUAAAAGAGAAAAUAAAUGUUCUUAGAUGUUCUGGAACUUGUUCAGUUUCAGAUGAUUGGAACAUUGUGGUCUUGGCUUUCAAGUAUAUGUCUACCAGAUUCCACAGACUCUUUUUCUGUCCACUUUGUCACCUACAACUCUGAGCUCCAAUAUAAAGACUUCACCAUAUUUGAAAGAGUAUAGUGGAUAGUCUGAUGCUCAAUUUUGCAUUCAAAAGAGUUGCCUCUGUGACAUUAUAACUGCUGAAAUAAAUAAAUCUCCUUUUGAUUCAGGGUGUUAUUUAAUUAUUGCAAAUCUCCUGUCAUAGAUCUGAUACUUAAGUUAAAAAAUUAGGCUCAGGUCCUUACCUAUGAUUUUGCUCUUUACAGUACUUUUAAACCUACAAAAUUUGCAUUCAACAUUUACACAUACAAAAUUCAUAUAGUCCUUCAAAACUAAGAUUGCAUAAAAAUCUUAUGGCUUGAAAUUUUAAGUAUUACAAUAUAAACAGCAGAGACUUCAUGUUUAUGAUAAUUUUUAAUAAAUGGCAUCAACUUUUGCAUUAU